UGGUUACUGUAAUGGGACAGAAAAAAAAACGAUUCCCGUCGACGCUGUAGUAGAUUUGCACUUAGCUCAUUUUUUGGCACCGUUUCUCCAUGGGAGUUCUUGCGUUUCCUCUUUACGUGAGAGAGGAAGAAAGAAGGGUAGAGUGUUAAGUGCUGGGUUUGUGAGGGACGGGGCUGUUAUUAUCGUCGCUGCUUGUUUCCACCUCCCUGUCCUGGCGAAAGCUCAAGCGCUAAAAUGGAGGCGGAAAGAUCCGGCGGAGUAGCAGGGGGAACGAACCAGAACUCUGGAGGCAGCGGCGUGGGGCGCAACCCGAACGGGCCGAAAUCAGUACUCGGGCAGGCGACAACAGCAGCGGCGGCAGCCGCCGGAGCGAUGGCUGGAUCGUCGCAGCCUCGAGAACCACAAGACGGCGACGCAGGCCUAUCGCUUCCUGGGAUCUUGCACUUUAUCCAGUUCGAAUGGGGACGCUUCCAGACCGAGAAAUAUCGUUGGGAAGCCGAGAGAGAUGAACUCCGGGCUCAGGUGACGUUCCUGCAGGGUGAGAGGAAGGGGCAGGAGAACAUGAAGCAGGACCUGGUCAGGCGGAUUAAGAUGUUGGAGUACGCCCUGAAACAAGAGAGGUCCAAACACCAGAAGCUGAAGACAGGCAGUGACCAGAGCCCAGGGGAGAAGAAACCAGAGGCAGAACAAGUGCCUAAUGGGCCAGCAGAGUCUGAAUCUGAGCCAGCCAAUCAGAUGUCCUGGAAGGAGGGCCGUCAGCUGCUGCGCAAGUACCUGGAGGAGGUGGGCUACUCGGACACCAUCCUGGACAUGCGUUCGAAGCGUGUGCGCUCCCUGCUGGGUCGUACCAGCCCCGAAGCUAAUGGCGCCCCGGCCAGCAGCGAGCAGCAGCCCGCCCCGGACCCCGAGCCCCUGGCAGGGGGGGAGUCACUCCUCAUCAGACAGAUAGAGGAGCAGAUCAAGAGGAACGCGGCGGGGAAGGAUGGUUCUAAAGAGCGUCUGGGCGGUUCCGUGCUGGAUAAGAUCCCCUUCCUACACGGCUGCCAGGAUGAUGAUGAUGAGGAUGACAGUGAUGAGGAAGAUGACUUCCAGGGCAUGGCCACGGACCGUAUAGACGGGCAGCGCAACAAGAACAAGAAGCCUCGCGUUAAGAUGGGGACUGAGCCCAUGACCACAGAUCUGGACCCUGAUGAUGAGGAUGAAGACGACUCGGAGGAUGCCCUGAGCGAGUUUGACUUCCUGGGAUCAGGGGAGGAGGGGGAGGGGGCGGGAGAGGCCCGGAUCUCAGGGGACGGCCGGGAGUUAGAGAACCGCAGGAACAAGCUACAGGGCAUGAUGUCGGACUUCCCCCCCAAACCCUCCCCACCCCCCUCUGUGUCGGGACAGUCUCGCUCCGGGGAAGGUGGCGCUCUGGGUUUUUCUUCUGACGUCUUCAUCCUGGACGCCGUCGGGGGCGGAGACAUGAACCUGGGAGAGCUGGCUGACCUCACCGUCGCCAACGACAACGACCUCACCGUGGAUCUGCAGGAUAACCGGGAGGAGUUCAAGAAGACGUGGAACCCUCGCUUCACGCUGCGUAGCCAUUUUGAUGCCAUCAGAGCGUUGACGUUCCACCCCAGCCAAGCCGUUCUACUCACAGCCUCCGAGGACGGAACCCUGAAGCUGUGGAACCUCAACAAGGCCAUACACUCCAAGAAAAAUGCAGCUCUGGACGUUGAACCCAUCUACACCUUCAGAGCCCACAGUGGUGCAGUUCUGUCUCUGGCAAUGGGAGAGGACGGAGACUCGUGCUACAGCGGGGGUCUGGACGGAACCGUGCGCUGCUGGAAGAUCCCAGACCUCAACGUGGAUCCCUACGACAACUACGACCCGGGCAUAGAGAGCAGUGUGUUGUCGGGUCAUGAGGACUCCGUGUGGGGUCUGACGUAUUCUGCCCACCACCAUCGGCUGGCCUCCUGCUCUGCAGACGGGACCGUUCGCAUCUGGGAACCCCAGAACUCUGCCCCCUGUCUCUCCGUCUUCAAUAAGGAGAAAGAGCACGGAACACCCACUUCGGUGGCCUUUGUGAACUCUGACCCUGACCAGGCGGUGGUGUCAUUCGACGGCGGCGAGACGCUGCUCUAUGACCUCAACACAGAGCAGAGCAUCAUGGUCCUGGAGACCGGCACUAAGGACGGCAGUAAGCUGAUUAACUGUGUGGUCAGCCACCCCUCGGAGCCCAUCUCCAUCACCGCACACGAGAAUCGCACUAUCCGUUAUCUCGACAACAAGACAGGUAAAGUGAUCCACUCCAUGGUGGCACACCUGGAUGCUGUCACCUGUCUGACCACGGACCCCAAAGGCACUUACCUCAUCUCUGGCAGCCAUGACUGUUCGGUGCGUCUGUGGAUGCUGGACAACAGGACGUGUGUGCAGGAGAUCACGGCCCACAGGAAGAAGCACGACGAGGCCAUUCACGACGUGGCCUUCCACCCCUCACAGCCCUUCAUCGCCUCGGCCGGCGCCGACGCGCUCGCCAAGAUCUUCGUCUGAGAGGAGGCACAGACAGGGACCAUCAUCCUCCUUGCCCAACAAACACAACUUGGCCAGAGGAGAGUGAUGACUACAAUGGACAAACCUCACCUGCCUACACACGCAAUUCCACAUUCACAGUUACAUACACACACACACAGACAUCCAGUGACAUACACACACGAAACUGUGUCCUGCACCCCACUGGCUGGGUCAUUGCCAACAGGACACUAUUACCCACAGUUCUCUAGCUGUCCCAUGAUGCCUCAGUAACUUGUUGCAAUACUAACCAUACUGCUUUUCUAACGACUAAUCUGGCUGCUCGGUUUAUUAGGUCAGUUUACUACACUAUAAUACUCUAUUCAUUUCUACCUUUACAGUCCACUCAUGGUUAUAAUAAGGCAGUGUGUGUGUUGACAUUGAUCACUAGGCAUGCCGAUGCAUCACCUACUACAAUUAGUGACGCGCGCACGCACACACACACACACACACAGGUUAACAUUCAGUUUGAAACUGUGUUUUUUUUAAACGUUUUUUUUAUUUAUUUUUUUAUAUAAAAAGCUUAGCUCACCAGUUGCUAACACACAUAAGUACCUGACUACAGUAGAGUCCAGUCCCCAUCAAGUGACGGCAUUAGCCAUUGUCUACUGCAAUACAGAGUGGGGCCACAAUGCAUUUCAUUCCAAAGACUUCUGAGGGUUUUAGUUUGUGUGUGUUUUGGAGCCUUCUCCUAACCAGUGUUGGACAAAACAGCUUUAAUUUCAGCCUCAUCGCCGAGACACUAAGUCUGAGUGUUUGUGUGUCCGGUAUUGUACGGUCAUCCAUUUCAGUAGAAUCAAGUUUGAUAGGAAAGGGGUGUGUGUGUGUGUGUGUGUUGCACUUGUUUAAUCUUUGGUGCUAAGAUCUCGUCAGUCCGAGUCUGAAUCAGGGACCUGUUUGCAUUCGAGGGUGUGUGUGUGUGUGUGUGUGUGUGUGUGUGUGUGUGUGUGUGUGUGUGUGUGUGUGUGUGUGUGUGUGUGUGUGUCACUGGGAUAUUUGUCAUCAACAGUAGCAUGAUAUGGCUUGUAUCAUGCGUCACUCUCCAGCCAUGCCAUCUGUUUGUGUUGAGAUACUGUAUGGGUCAUUUUUAUCUCAUAAGAAGACUAACACGCUAUGCUAAGCAGACACUUUUCUACUGGUUUCCUUUUAUAUAUAUGUGUGUGUGUGUGUGUGAAGUUGGCCUUUGUCAUUUCAUCAGGAUAGCUGGUUUGUGAAAGAGUUUGUGGAGAUGAUGCCACAGUGGAGACCUCUGACUGAAACGGUUGACGUUGAGAGAAAGUGACACUACUCCCAAUAUGGCAUCCUGUAUUCUCUCUCCCUUAAGUCGGCAUCAAGUCAGACUGGUCCUUUGUGCCGGUCUAUUUAUUUAGGCUUGCGCUUGGAAACAAUCAUAUUAUCCAUUGAAAUAGCUGUUGUUGAUUAGGUUUCUGGUUUUGGUGCGAGUCCUCAUAGUGGGAAACUGGCCUCUCUCCAGUGUCAAUGGAGUCAGCAGGGGAAAUUGCCCCCAGGAUAUGGGAACAAAAGGCACAUAAAGACCCCUCCUUCCUCUCCCUUUCCCCUAUGGAGAGGAAACAAGAACAAACACUACCUAACCCUUAGCCCCCCCUUACAUUGGCCUCCGACAAAGACUGAACUAGACAGGGUUGGUGUCUGUUCACCAAGCAGUCACUUUGGCCUUGGAUUAUUGUGUAGCUAUUUUUCCUGGAAGGGAAAACAAGCUUGGACAAAGAGCGAAGCCACUCUGAACCGUGGGCGACUGCUAAAGACUGACAUAUAGGUCGGAGAUCAGGGGUGAUGUCGUUAGGUAGCCGGUUUAUUUUUGAACUUUCCGGGGUGGAGGCAGAGGGAGCCCUACGGGCAGAUCUCUGGCUGUGGAAACAUGGUUCAACAUGGUUCCACAAGCCAGGGCAGAGCAGGGCAUGGCAGUAAAGAAUUAAUGGUCCAGUAGCACCAUGUCAAUCAGUAACUGGCCCUGAGCUGCCCACAACAUACUAAUCAACCCCUAGCACACGCCAGAGGAACGGGGUAGAAGUCGUCCCAAACCACUGAUUCCAGAUCAGAUAUUUCUUCAUCUCCUUAAUGGUUAAAGCCAGAAUUGUGGCUAUGGUAAUCUGAUCCUAGAUCUGUGGUUUAAGGUAAAUUUUAACCAACUACAGUACGUGCAACAGGGUCACUACAGGGGUCAGAGAAUCAGAGAAAUGACUGAGAGGUCAACGUUUUCCUCUCCACUGCAAGAUCUUAUGGGAAAACACUCUGUGGUCUGGUCAGACAGGUGUCUGCGGGCUUGAUUUAGUACAUGUCAGCUUCAUGUGUUUGCUAAAACAUGAUGGUUUCAGAUGUAUUGGAUUUGAUGAGGCAGAGAAUGCCUAAAGUGCUACUGUGGCACAUUGUGUGCUGUAAUGCUUUGUUGUUGAGAGGAUAUAGUACACAGUUGUCAAUCACCCACACUAACUGUUGGUUAUAUGCUGCACUACAUCAGCUGCACUAGACCCCAAAACUAGACCAAGGGGUUAUCUGUAGCUCAGCUGUGUCUUAGUGUGGCUGUGGAGACCAGGGCCCAGUUUCCCAAAAGCAUCUUAAAGAGCGACUGACCCUAUAAAAAGCUACUUCUCGUUUUUAAAAAUGGCCUACAUGAGUCAGAAACACGUAUUCUACUGUCAAAAUUGACUACAAAGAGUAAUUUUGGUCAUAAAAGUCAGUCUCGUCCAAAACCGUUGUUACUAAAGUUGCAUUUGAAAGCGCUCAUUAUUUUCCCGACUGCCUCAGAACAGCUGAGUGCAUCGUUAGAUGCUUUUUUUUUUUACCCUUCCUCGUCACUUUAUACACUAAACAGAAGAUCUCAGCUAAACAUAGAAUCGAGAUGUUUAUCUGUCUCUGUGAACGCAGAUAACUUAAGAACGUAGUUGACUGCUACAAAUACAAAGUUGCCAAUGUCCUUGUGAUUGUUGCAAACAGUAAGGUUCCAAAAUAAAAACUGAGUUGUCGGUGGGGAGCAGACGGACAAACAAAAAGAUAAAUACAGACAGUAGGCUUAUAUAGGCUACAUACAGUGCCUUCGGAAAGUAUUCAGACCCCUUGGCUUUUUCCAUAUUUUGUUAGGUUACAGCUUUAUUCUAAAAUUGAUUAAAUCGUUUUUUCCCCCUCAUCAAUCUACACACAAUAUCCCAUAAUGACUAAGCAAAAACAGGUUAAAAAAAAAUAAAAAAAUAAACGGAAAUAUCACAUGUACAUAAGUAUUCAGACCCUUUACUCAGUACUUGGUUGAAGCACCUUUUGCAGUGGUUACAGCCUCGAGUCUUCUUGACUAUGACGCUACAAGCUUGGUAUUUGGGGAGUUUCGGGCUCUGGCCGGGCCAUUCAAGGACAUCCAGAGACUUGUCCCGAAGCCACUCCUGCGUCGUCUUGGCAGUGUGCUUAGGGCCGUUGUCCUGUCUGAGGUCUUGAGCGCUCUGGAGCAGGUUUUCAUCAAGGAUCUCUCUGUACUUUGCGCCAUUCAUCUUCGAUUUGAUUCUGACUAGUUUCCCUGCCACUGAAAAACUUCCCCACAGCUGCCACCACCAUGCUUCACCGUAGGGAUGGUACUAGGUUUCCUCCAGACGUGACGCUUGGAAUUCAGGCCAAAGAGUUUAAUCUUGGUUUCAUCAGACCAGACAAUCUUGUUUCUCAUGGUCUGAGAGACUUUAGGUGCCUUUUGGCAAACCCCGAGCACGCUGCCAUGUACCUUUUUACUAAGGAGUGGCUUCUGUCUGGCCACUCUACCAUAAAGGCCUGAUUGGUGGAGUGCUGCAGAGAUGGUUGUCCUUCUGGAAGGUUCUCCCAUCUCCACAGAGGAACUCUGGAGCUCUGUUAGAGUGACCAUUGGGUUCUUGGUCAUCUCCCUGACCAAUGCCCUUCUCCCCCGAUUGCUCAGUUUGGCCAGGCGGCCAGCU